AUGACUGAGAUAGAGUGCGAGAAUUACUAUCGUCUUAAUGCAGCCAUGGUCGAGGUAUUCUACGAGCAGCUUAACUACGAGUUACUUCAAGAGUCCGAAGCGUAUGGACUGGUGAACCUUAUCGCAGAUUUCGGGGGACAUCUUGGCUUAUGGCUAGGAUUUUCCGUGAUAACUGUUAUGGAGGUGAUUGUACUGAUACUGGAUGUGAUAUCGAUUUGUUUCCGACGAAAGAAUGAAACAGCAAAGGAAAAUGACCGACAAAAAAGCACAAAACGAUACCCUCCUCCACCAGUCGAUGAAAAGGCUAAGUCGCUAGUUCAAAUAUGA